AUGUCGCAGGACAAGGGAUACUACGCUUCUCAACCCCCUCAAUACCCUCAACAGGCCGUCUAUGGACAGCCUGCCUACGGUCAGCCUGGCUAUCCUCCCCAGCCCUAUGGUGCUCCUCAGCCCUACGGUGCCCCCCAGCCCGCCUACGGCCAGCAGCCCUACCCAGCCUCCCCCGGCGGAUACUACCAACCCGCACCACAGCCCCAGGUCAUCAUCCAGCAAACGGCACCCCCACCACAAAACAACAAGAGCGACGACUUGUGCUUUGGAUGCGUGCUUUUGAAAAUCUCGGGAAUGAACUCCUCUGCUCGCCACUUGACUACCGCCAAACGCGGCACGACCAGCAACUGGUGCUCUUGGUGCCUGCUUGUGCUGCUGUCUAGAGAACCGAUAUCUAACAAGUUUUUCAAUUAA